CUCCACCAUCGCCUCCGUCAGCCACUCUGCUCCACACACCUUUGCCUCUCUCGCUCUUCGCCAUGGACGUGCGCGCACGGCACGACGGUGGCGAUGCGGGUCCCAGCACGCUCGCCGCUCGCACGCGUGCGCUGUCCAGCAGCGGCAGUCUCGCCUCCUCCAGCAGCAGCGCUCCCUCGGCGCUCGACGACCCUGCGCCCUUUGCCGCCUCGGCGUCCGAGUACGCCGCGCCCGCGCACCACGCUGCCGCCAGCGAGAUGUCGCUCUCCGACGAGGCGCGCGCCAAGGCCAUGCACGAGCGCUGGAAGCUGGCGUGGGACGAGGCGCUGGCCGCCGGCGCCGCCGGCGAGCUGCCGCCGCGGCCGGCGCGCUGGUGGAGCACCGCCGCGGCCGCCGCCGAUGCCGAGGGCAGGAAGACGGGCACCGAGAGACACGUCGUGGCGGACGAGGAUGAGCCGCAGGUGCGAGGCUAUGCGCUCGCCUUCCAGACACCGGCCCAGCGCGAGCAGGCGCGCAGGGUCGCGCAGGAUCUCAGGCGCGAGCGCUUCUACCAGCGCCUGGCCGAGGGCGCCUCGGGCCUGCAGCGCAGCGACGAUGCGGCGCGCUCGGUACACGUCGCUGGCCUCGUCGAUCCAGACGCGCCGAAUCCGCACUAUCCCGGUCGGCUGCCGGACGGCCGCACGCCAGUCUAUCAUCGACCAGACGCAGACGACCCACUAGCGCUCAUUCUGCCGCUCCUCAUUCUCCUCUCGACGCUCAUCUUCCUCCUUAUCCUCUUCAUCGUGCUCGUCGUUCUCGUGCGGCGACGUGCGCGCAUCGCACUGUCUGAUGGCGAUGGGCCGCUCGACGUUGGGCGGGAGGAGGAGCUGGAGGGACAUGGCGGCCUCAGAGGUGUCGAGGAGCGCUGGCUCGAGACGGUCUCCGAUGCGGUGCGGCGAGGCUACGCGCGCGCAAAGGACUGGACGACGAGCUACCCGCCCGGCAGUCUCAGCACGGACAUUACGCUCUCUCAGUUCCUCUCGAUCCAAGAAAAGGGCGUCUCUGCAUGGUCCUUCGAUCCCGACUACGAGUCCAACCCUGGCGUCUUCGUCGAGGCGCGGACUGAGAUUACAUUCGUGGCCGACGGAGGCGGCAUGAGUGCGCAGGAGGGAGGAGGGUGCUGUGUGCAGAGCAACCUGCCGCUGCCCAAGCUCAACGAGGUGUACUACUGGGAGGCCAAGAUCUUCACCAAGCCGGAAGACACGACCGUGGCGCUGGGCCUCGCGACAAAGCCGUUCCCGAGCUUCCGCCUGCCUGGCUGGAGCAAGUUCUCCGUCGGCUACUUUUCCAACGACGGCUUCAAGGCGCACAACUACCCCUUCACGGCGCAGUCCUACGGGCCGGCCUACGUGCAGGGCGACGUGAUUGGCAUUGGCUAUCGGCCGCGCACCGGCACCGUCUUCUUUACGCGCAACGGCAAGAAGCACGACGAUGCAUUCGUGGGGCUCAACCGGCACAACCUGUUCCCGACUGUCGGAGCCAACGGCGCUGCGGAGGUGCACAUCAACCUCGGACAGGCGGGCUUCGUAUUCAUCGAGGCAAACGUCAAGCGUUGGGGCCUGGCGCCCAUGGUCGGCACGCUGGGCGCUCCGCCGGCGUACGGGCAGGAGCGUGGCAGCCUGCUCAUCGAGGCGGGCCAGAGCAGUGCGAGGCAGGGCCAGCGCGGCGACGAGACGCCGCCGCCGCCGCUGACGCCGCAAGACGAGUCGCCGCCGAUGCUCAUCUCUCCCACGCGCGGCACCGGCAGCUCGUCGAGAUCCUCGGCUACGCGACGCUCCCGUGCGCCUCGCGGUCUUCAGCUCGGAGAUGAUGGCGCACGCCAGCCAAGCACAUCAGCACGGCAUGGCGCGCAUUCGCCGCCUCGUCGCAGCUCCGCCUCCUCAGCCGACGCGCCGCACAAUCCACCCACGCCCAACGCCCUCGACAUCAGCCUGCACCAGCUGCCUCCUCAUCAACUCGCCGCCGGCGGCGCACACGAGACGGUGCCCGGCGCCAGUCCGCGGCGCAGUGCCGGCGUGCUGGCGAGCUACUUUCCCGCGCCGAGCGGCUCGCAGCGCUCGUCGACGCGCGAAGGCAGUCCGCCGCCAUACUCGGUCGUCGGCAACCAGCAGAUGUGGCCGAGCUCCGGCCUGCUCCCGGGCGGAGGCAGCCAGCGUCGCUCGAGCAGUCGCACGCAGGCACUCGCCAAUGCCUUCUAUGGCGCGCUGCAGGAGCGCGGGCUCCUCACGCCGCUCCUCUCGGCCGAUCGUGCACCGCCGGUCGCGCCGAGCCCGGACGCGGUAGGCGACUAUGAGCGUACGCAUACGGAUGCGAACACGGCGAGAAACACGGACGCCAAUCGAGGCGGCGGUUGGCUGUCGGGAUGGUGGGCUUGAUGAAAGGAAGCACGACCUUGCCGUCGCUGCCCCCCGCUCCACGCUCGCCCACCCGGACUGCCCACUUCCCUCUCGCUCUUUCGACCUGCUCCUCUCAACCCACACACUCACCCGUCACCCUCAUUCUGCAUCCCUCCGGAGUCUCUUCCACCACGCUCUCUGUCUCUGUUCUCUCGUGUAUUCUCCCGCCGGCCUCCCUUCAAUCAGAUAUCGAUCCACCUCUUGC